GUUCAGCGUGAGCUGUCGUCGAAAGAACUCGAAAGGACAGAACGGCUCCGCUCCGAUCGCGGUACCACCUCGAAUAAUACCAGACAUCAGACAUCAGACGUCAGACGUCAGACUGUCAAGUUCACCAGCAUCACGUGCGUACCCCGGCGCAGAUUGGCCAGUGAAAUAAUUCCAAGCGAGGAGCAGCUGAUCGACUCUUUGUUGCCAUUUAAGACCGUGGGUGUCUGCGUAGAAGUGGGACUCGGAAACUUUCAUGGCAGCGGUGAUUCGCGUCCUCGUAUCAGCGCACUCGACACUGUACCAUGUGGUGUAGUGGUCUAGAGCCGUAAAGAGUGCGUCGACGUCCUGACGACGAGGAGGCGAUUGCAAAACUUUCCAGUUUCGCAGGGGCGAACGAUACAAUAUAUAAUAUAACGUGUACACCGAGGCUGGGAACUGACACGUUCUUACGGCGAAUGCGCGACGCAAAGUGAAACCUUGAUGAGUACAAUUGAGUGACGGAUAAUCGGUCAUUAUGUCGUCCGUAUUUUCUAAAUUGAUCGACAAGACUUCGGAACGAUAUGGCAUACGACAGGAGAGGCUGACCCAAGGGGUCGUGGGCCUCGUGACGACCCUUUAUCUCCUGAAACUCGGAUAUCCUUACUUGAACCAGGUAGCGGCGCAGGCGAAAAAGAAGGCGACCAGCCUCUGCAGGGAUAUUUCGGACCAUCGACACACCGCCAGUAAUAAUAACAAUAACAACGUAAAGGAUGACGGUAAGGCGAGAAACAAUGGUGCAGCAUCGGCCGGUGACGAGGCGAGCUCGUCAUUACCUGCGGGUAACAAAGGCAUUGGAACUGGUUUGGACCGUGAAUUUUUGGCACGGUUAUUGACACUGCUGAAAAUUAUGAUACCGGGCUGGCGGACCAAGGAGGCAGCAUUGCUGACGAGCGUUACGCUGGCUCUUUUGGCCAGGACGUUUCUUUCGGUUUACGUCGCUACCCUGGAAGGAAGCAUAGUAAAACGCAUCGUACUUCGGGACGGUUGGGGUUUCUUUUCGAUGCUGAUACGGUGGUUCGGCAUUGCUCUACCUGCGACCUUCGUCAACUCGGCCAUCCGCUACUUCGAGGGGCGUCUGGCCCUGAGUUUCAGGGGACGGCUAGUCAAACAUGCGUACAAUAUGUACCUCAGUCAGCAGACCUACUACAGAGUCUCGGCCCUGGACUCGCGGCUUGGCGGAGCCGAGCAACGGCUGACCGACGACUUGUCCGAGUUGGCCACCUCCGUAGCUCACCUCUAUACUAGUCUUACGAAACCUUUGCUCGACUGUGCACUUGUGGGCAUCGCAUUGGCCUCCUUCUCGGCUCGUAUGGGUUCCAGAACAGUUCCAGGUCCGCUGUUGGCAACGGCAGUGAUAGGCCUGACUGGUCAGGUUCUGCGGCUGGCAUCGCCAAAGUUUGGUCAAUUGGUCGCCGAGGAGGCGUCGCGACGCGGGCGUCUGCGACAGGCACACGCGAGGGUCAGCGCUCACGCCGAAGAGAUCGCUUUCUACGGUGGCCAGGAUGCCGAACUUCGGCAUCUCAACUCCGCCUACGACUCUCUGGUCGUUCAUGUUAGACGAGUGCUUAAGUUGAAACUGUGGUACGUUAUGCUGGAGCAGUUCCUCAUGAAGUACGUCUGGUCGGGAACGGGGCUCUUUGUCAUCGCCCUGCCAGUCUUAUUCCCCGUGACAUCCACCUCACGGGCAUCCAAUGACGACACUGGCGUGAGUGAGAGGACGCAGUACCUGACUACCUCAAAGUAUCUUCUAAGCUCGGGUGCCGAUGCUGUAGAGAGGCUCAUGUCGUCCUAUAAGGAAGCCGUGGCCCUGGCUGGUUACACGGCUCGAGUUGGCGAGAUGUUGGACGUCUUCAAGGACACGGCACUUUGUAAAUAUCAAAAGGGAAUAGUCGUCGGACAGCACAGGCCGAUUACCGGAAACGACGGUAUAGAAGUAACGCGACCAAGCGAAAACAUUCUGCACUUUGAGGACGGAGUACCGCAAAUAAGAGGUAUUGUUCGCGAAAGCACAGACGGAAGUAUCGGACUGACGAAUGUCCCCAUCGUCACGCCCAACUGCGAAGUCAUUGUGCCAAGUCUGACAUUGCGGAUUCAGCCAGGCGAUCACCUACUGAUAACAGGACCAAACGGGUGCGGCAAGAGUUCGCUGUUCAGGAUCGUUUCCGGUCUUUGGCCCGUUUACGGUGGGGAAUUGACCCGCCCCAAGGAGACCGGAGAGUUCACUUAUGCUGGUGUGAGACCGACGCUUUUCUACAUCCCUCAGCGGCCGUACAUGACCGUCGGGACCCUGAGGGACCAGAUAAUAUACCCCUCCGAUUCAACGAAGGGCAAAUACACCGACGAAGAGCUUCUCCACCUCCUGGAUCUCGUCGAUCUGCGAAGUCUCGCCGAGCGAGAGGCCGAAGGGCUCAGUUCUCGGAACGAUUGGGACUCGACGCUCUCCGGCGGAGAGAAACAGCGGCUGGCAAUGGCUAGAUUGUUCUUCCACGCACCGAGGUACGCCCUCCUGGACGAAUGCACUAGCGCCGUUAGUCUCGAGGCUGAGGGGACCAUCUACGAGGCGGCAAAACGUAUGGGGAUCACCUUGCUGACGGUCACUCACCGAGUCGCCUCCCUGUCCAAAUUCCACAAGCUUAUACUCCGCUUCGACGGCGAGGGUGGCUGGGAUCUUGGACCUUUGAACCAGAGCGACGUUCAGGUCAAGGUAGCGAAUCACGACCAAGACAUGGACAAGGAAGAACCUCACCACCAUCACAGACUGCAGGAACUACGUGACAUGCUUGCCAAGGACCCAGUGGGCAUCAGCUAGAACUGCAUUUGGUUCAAAACAGAUACUUACACAGAAAACAAAACAACUAGCAGCUGUACGAAGAAACGACUAAUUUUCUUUUAACCGGAAUACAGUGAGAAUGCGCCGUGAACACUGAAAAACGAAACCGAACCGUGCGAACGGUCGAAACCAGUCAAACGAGAGCUACAUUGCUCUUGUGCCCCAAAUCAGUGCUUUUGUUUCAUUGGGUUGUUUUUGUUUCUUUCGUCAGAUCCAUUUUCUUUUUCUGAUAAAAAGUAGAAAAAGAUAUUUGUGUUGAACAUGGUUGGAAUAAGCAAAAGUGUGACUCACUGUGACGUGGUGAUGAGUAUUAUAAGAUUAUAUUCGUCAUUAUUCUUCCACAUUGCGGAGUACAUAUUUUUUUUUCCCUUACAAGUGAUGGAUAUGACUGCAUACCGGUUUCAAAAAAACCGGAAAAUACCUACUGUCGAGUUUUCAUCACUAAGCAACCCGUAGCGAUCGAACUUGGGCUUCAAUGAAUUGAAUGAAUCAGGGUAUGAUUUUCCUCUAUUUUCGAUUAAUUGUAAGUAGAUAAUUUUGCACUAUAUAAUAUUCUCAUACGUGAUGAAUGAUUUAGAAACUCGGCGCGACUUCUAUUAUUCGAUGCUAGUAGCUGCGAAGUUUACACUAAAAAGUAAUUCGCGCGUCCAGGUUUUAAUGUUACCAUACUUUGGAUCGCGGUUAAUCCGCGUGUUAUACUUAUUCAAGGUGUGUAAAAAGCGGCAAGGAAGACGUUAAUAAUCACUGUUCAGCUUUACAUAUAUACUACGAUAAGUGUAAUUUUAAUAUCCAAAUAUAUUAAUCGUGACAGAGAAGGGGGGAGGGGGGCGAGCUCCGCCGUACAACCAGGUAUGACUUCUUGUCUUUCGUGCUGACAAGCAUAAAUUGCAGAUUGUAGGAUCAAGACAACGGUGUGGAUCAUACAGCAUCAAACCACGCAUACGGAAUGCAUACAUGCUUGUGACCAAUUUGCAUUACAGAGAUAGCCAGUGCCUCGUGGCAUCUGUGAGUGUAAUUAGGAAUAAUUUUAUACCCGAGCGACGAGUAUAAGAUAGCAACGCAUAAAGUCCUUGUUAUAUACCUGAAUGUGGUGGGGUAAAAAAAAAAUUGAGGAUUGUAAAUAUACGUAAAUUUGAUCAUCGGAAUGAUACCACUGUAAUUACUUUAUAAACUUUUUCUUCUACUAAUUUAUGAUUAAAUCUUCUCGCGUGUGAACUACAAACAUGUGAUAUACCUAGUUUUGUACAAUAAUCACAAACUUCAACAAAUAUAUUUAGUUUAUAAAUUAAAUAAAACUAUUUUUAAAUAUA